CGAUUUUUUAAUAGUUGGAUCUCUGCAUUGGAUUUUUAAAGUGAUAGAAAACCGAAGUUCGCAGUGUAACUGAUGGCGAAUCGUGAAUCAGAUGGGAGAAGAUAUCGACACAAUUUGCAAGGACUUCUACAGAUGGCCGCGGACAAUUCUGAUGAUCCACAAGCCGAUACUUCGAGCGUAUUCCAAGAAAUGAGUGAGGAGGUAAGCUUGCAUUGCAAACAAUAAUAUGGCGAUGUUUACUGUUGACGGAUAUUGUUUGUGUUACUUAAUUACGCCAGAAACUGAACGGACAGAAUGGAUAAAUGUAUGCAAAGUAAAAGUAGAAGGGAAUAAAGAAAUCUUACCAUAAACUUUUGGUUAAUAUUUUGUGUUAUGUUGUGCCAUCAUGGACCUUCUGUCAAGUCCUGGGUACUUUUCAAGGUGGGCCUGUGGCUAUCAUAACAUCACUCAUCCUAUGAAAACAAAGUUUAACAAGAAAUUGAGUCUAAGUCAAAAAUGAGCAGUCACUGAAAACUAAUGUCUGCCGAAAAGGGGAGUUGCCAAAUAAUUUCUGAAAAGAUUGGAUGAGAGCUAAAAUAAUGUUGUUUUUUUUUUUGGAAGAGGAGAGAGUGGCUACAGGAAGCAUUAUCAUCCAUAACAGAGGAUACCUAUGUCAAAAGCAUGAUGACGCAUUUACAAACAAUUGACAAACCUGAAAAUGAUAAUGGUGAUGACAUCCUCUCAGAGAAAGAAGAUGCUUUUGAGGGACUGGCAGAUAUUGUGGAUAACUUAGACAAUGCAAAUGGUGUGUUUUACAGUUUGGGGGUGGGGGGGUGUCCAUGUUUAUUUUGAACAAAGGGAAUAAAAUUUCAAGGAAAGACAAAAUUGAACUUGGACGUGUAUUCAUCAGUCCCCAAUACGUCUUUUAGGCCUAGAAACCUGCUUGACUAUCAGAGUUUUUACAAAAGGAAAUAACUCAUUCGUGACAUAUUUUCCAGAAAAUUGUAUUUCAUACCUCAGCCCUCAGUCAAUAAAAACUAUUAUGUUAAGACCUCUCUUAGACUUAAGUUACAUAAACAAAGAAAUUACCUAGAAAUUGCCUAUCUUUUGCUACCUCAAUUAUUGCAAUAAGAUUUAUUCACCUAUAACUAGGAAAGCAAACAAAAUAAUAAUAAUCUAUUACAAAAUUCGUAAAUCUGAUUGGCUAUCAACUGUCCUGAUUUCAGCAUUCAGGACAGUGUAAUAGGACAGACGUACGCAUCAUGCCUAUGUAAUAGGACAGUAUGCAUCAUCGCAUGCAUGCACUUAAAUGGCUUCUUUUUUUUUCACUGCUAGUGAGAAAACUCGUGGAAUUUCUUGUGUUUUAAUUGUCAAAAAAAGGCUAGACCAUCACAAAUUUUUAUAGUUACGAUUAAUUGGUAACAGAACUUUGUGUUGUCCAAUUCUGUCUGUAAUAUUAUUAUACUCUUGAUUAAACAAAUCGGACUCCCACUACGUGGUCAUCCAAUUUUGCUUAUCACUCGUAUGAUUACAGACCAAACUGGACUCCACUCAGUCCUAUUACCAUUACUUAUCGAGAUGACUUUUUCAUACAAGUAUGGUUUUCCAAAAGGAUCUCAUAAGAUUAAAAUGUACAAGAUAUCACCUAAAAUCAUUGAAUAUGUAAAAGAUUUAAGAGAAGCUAAAUAGCACACUCAAAAAUAUUCACAUUAAUAAUGGGCUAAGGGAGUUAAAAUCCUUUAUUGCAUGAAAUAUUAAGUUUUGUUGACACAGGUUUAUUUUGAGUUUUUCAGACUUUCACAAGAUUGGGGGCUUUCAUGUUAUGAUUAAGUGUCUGUCAAGUGAACACAGGUACUGCUGAAUUAUCAAACUGUCAUUACUGUUGGUUGAUUAAUUUGUGUGAUGUUGAAGUACAUGUAGGUGUCCGCAAAUACAGUUUGGAUAAUCAAGAGUCUGGAUGAUGAAAAUUAAUAUAUGAUUAUCUACUGCAAGUUUUUCUCAUUACUACUUUUUCGGUUCCAUGGAAGAUUCCUUAGAAACAAUGGUUAAACUUUAUUCAUCUCACUCACAUGUACAAUGCAUGCAAGUGCUACAUUUGCUCUUUGAAGCGUGAAGCAAUUGCAUGUACAUCAAAUGCAAAGAAAAAAAAUCCUGUCAAUGGAGGUCUGGAUAAUAGAAGUUAGACUGUAGUAGGCCCCUUUCUGGGAUACAGCCAGCAGUAGUUAUGACACAUUAAUACAAUGUAGUUCUUGAUUGAUUGGUUGGUUGAUUAAAGUAACUUAUACUUAACUUAAAUGCAACUUUGACCCCUAGUGCAAGAAAGACAGUACUCUAUAAUACAACAUUAGGACAGUUCUACAAACACUGUAAGCACAGGUAGCCAUAGAUUUGUUUUGAUUCUUUUAUUUCCCUUGCAGUUCUAUAAGGUGGAGAGCAGCUGACACUUUGGCUGUGUGUGUUCAGAAUAAUCCAUACUGUCAAAAAGCUGCACUAGAAAUGAACAUUCUUCCAAUUUUAUCUUCACUGCUGGACACUGAUCACUCAGUAGAAGUUAGGAUCAAGGCCUUGUUUGCCGUAUCAGGUAUGCACUGUGUAUUUCAAGGAAUGCACAUACUAGAUGAUGACACAGUCACACAAUAUACAAUUCAGGCCUCCAGUAGCAUUAUUCUGUUAGCAUCUAUUUAGACAUACACUGUAAUGUUGCUAGCUAGUUCCAUAAUCCAUUAUUUACACAUGUGCAUCUGGUUGAAAAGAGACAAAAUCGGAAGCAAAUUUUCCUGGUGAACUUUUAAUGAAACAACAAGAUACUCAAACAUUAGGUUGAAAUAAAUAUGUCCCAUUAUCACCCCUUGGUGGAGAAAAAAUGUGUUUCAAAGUUUCUUGUCUAAGGAACCAUGAUACACCUAGCAUUAAGUUGCUAAAAUCCAUUUCUACAUCUGAGCAACAAUGUUCCUCCACUCUGGAGACCUUGGCUAAUAAUAAUGUUUGUAUUUCCUUGCAUUCAAAGUUUCUUGUCUAAGGAAGCAUUAUACACCCAGCAUUAAGUUGCUAAAACUACGAGCACAUCUGAGCAAUGUUCCUCUCACCUGGAGACCUUACACAAUAAUGUUUAUUUCAUUUUUUUUUCUACUAGGUCUCACAAGAUUGCAAGAGGAGGCAUUUUUGAAGGCAGAUGGGUUUUCACUGUUAAUCCGAGCAAUGCAGGCAGAAAAUGAUAAACUGAUAACUAAGUCAGCGUUUAUGUUGCGGCAUAUGCUGGUUACUAAUCCUUCACAUAAAGGUAUUCAGUAGUCUGAUUCUGAUUUUCAUAGUGUCAUUUCCAGUAAUAUAAUGUUGUUAGGUUACUCACAAAGCUGCAACCCUCAUUUACCAGAAAAUUAAGUAGUUUGUAAGAGUUUUCACUAUUUCAUAUCAUAAAAGGUAUCUCCUAUUUUCUCUUCUUAGAUGCACUCUUCAAGAUGGGAUUUAUUGAACAAUUGGUUGGUCUGUUGCAUGCUUCUCAGAAGUCCUCACAUGAACAUGUCAUUGGUCUGUUGGUUUAUUUUGUGACUGAUUAUCCACAAGGCAUAAAAGAGUGUCACAGACCAGAAUUUAAUCUGAAGGAACUACUCAAAACAAAAAUAGCAGCCAUGAAAGAAGAAGAUCCAGACAGAUAUGAGGUAACUUAAAGUUUUUGACACAGUGUGUCAUUAGUGGUUCCAAGGGAGCCACCCCUCCCCUCAAUAUUUGAAAAAAAAAACAAGGCCUACAACAUCAAAAAAAAUGAUGGACCAGGUCCUCCCUUAGCAUAAGUGUUGGAUGAGUCUACCACCCCUUACUUACAGUGUAUAGGUCAGGAUGCACCACUAUGUGUGACUACAGCUGACCAUUACUCCCAGGCUGUUGUCCACCAAUUGGAACCCUUCAUUACAUCCUAGGGGGGGACUCUCAGACAAGAGGGACACAUCACAUCACUUAGGGGUGUAAAAUGCAGAUUUGGUUCAACUUAGGGUGUCCAUGAAUGUUUUUAACCAUACGGGUAUCACAAUAGAGUCAUAAAUAAUGAAAAUAUAAUACAUACAAUCACCCCGGUACCCUGAACUUUCUUAACUUCAAAUCUCCUGCUAACUGGCAAUUUUAUUUCUUCAGAAUAUUUAUAAAAUUUACUAUACCCCAAUUUUUUCGUUUCGAAGGUUCACUAUCGAGUCGGCUUUAUUUUCACACAAAUUACCCUUGUUUACAUGCAAUAUACCCCUUCACACAAAUUUGUUUACAUAAAAACAGGCCAUAAUGUUACCUGAUCACCUCAGUCUUCAAUACAACCAGAUCUGCAUCAUCAGGAUUUCACUGCACUUUUGAUCCAGAAUACAGUUGACUCCCAAUAACUCAAACCUUCUAGGGAAAUUGAAGAAAGUUCAAGUUAGGGGGAGUUUGAGUUAUCAGGGGUUCAAAGGAAAUGGGAUGGGCAAUGAAUGCAAGUAAUAUAACUUGCACAUUUCAAAAAUUGAUAAAUAGGCAGUGCUGGACACUGUGUUUAUACUGGACUAACAAAAAAGUAAAGACCAAGAAUACAUGCAUGGUUGUUAAAACAAUUACAAUGUUUCAUUUACAGUACACUUUUUUUGAACCUGCUAAGUGCUUAAAGCAUGGAUCGAGUUAUUGAGGGUACUAAAUAGAAAUGAUCUGAAGGGAAACAAAAAUUACUUCGAGUUGGCGGGAGGUUCAAGUUAUGAAGGAUUCAAGUUACCAAGGGUAAAAUGAUAGUAAAUGUAGGAAGGAAAUCAGGGGGAAAUCGAUUUUGGUUUGAGUUAUAUCGCAAGGUUGGAGUUAGCAAGGGUUCGAAUUAUCAAGAGUGAACUGUAAUCUAAGACAGUAUUCCACAAUAUUUAAGUAUCGAUAUUUUUCAAAUGCAACAGCGUGGGUAUUACAAAGCAGUCUUGAUGUUGAAUAUUUAUUGAACAAGAAUUGAAUCAAACUUGGUAUCAAAUAAUAACAAGUCAAUUUGUAAUACAAGUCUUGCAACUUUUGUCGUGUUAACCUUAAGUCUCUUGAGUUGAUGUUCAUCAGCAAUGUCAAAUAAUAGCAGUCAGCCAUAUUCGUUUCCAAGUAUGUUUUCCAUCACAAGUGAAAAAGUCUGCCCUGAAAAAUUAUACAGUCGUCUGCCAAUAAUCUUGUUUUCUGUCAAAAGUUUUAUCUUCCACCAGGGAACAGCUGUUAGGUCAACUAUAACAUAUUUGCAAUGCAGGUAACUAAAUGAUUUCAAUUUUAUUGCUAUAGGAGGCGAUCCUCAACUGCCAGAAGUUACAAAAUAUUUGUUUUGACAAAGCAAGACAGCCAGAUGCUGGAAGUAACUCAUUAAGAUAA